AUGUCUAGAAAUGAAGAAAAGGCACAAUCUAUGCUAAAUAGAUUCCUCAGAAUGAGAGGUGAUGAAGAUAAAGUCGAAAAGAGAAGACCUCAUCUUGCCUCUCUAUGUGAGAGUCUUGUAGAAGCGGAGAAAUGGAGAUAUCAAAUCGUUAGAGAAACUUCAAAGAAGAUAUCUGAUAUACAAAAUUCAUCAUUAGGAGAAUUUAGAAUAAGAGAUCUGAAUGAUGAGAUCAAUAAGUUGGUGCGUGAGAAACACCAUUGGGAGAAGAGAAUCAUUGAGUUGGGUGGUCCAAACUUUAUUGCUACGGCACCGCGUGUCUUUGAUGCCGAUGGUCGUGAGCCAGCCGGUACCGGUCUCUACAAGUACUACGGUGAGGCAAAGAAUCUACCGGGCGUCAAAGAGCUACUGGAGAAACCUGAGCUGCCAGUUACGAAACGAUCAAAGUUUGAUCUACACAAGGCGGUCGAUGCCGACUACUACGGCUACAGAGACGAGGAGGACGGUGUACUCGUAGAGAUCGAAGCAGACGUAGAGAAGAAGCUGAUAGAGGAAGCUGUCGCUCAGUGGAAGGAAGAACAAAAGCUAAAAUACAAUGUAAAAUUAUCUACAACAUCAACAUCAACAACAAUUAAAAAAGGUAUCAACAAUAACAACAACAACAACAACAAUAAUAAUAAUAACAGUAAUCAAAUGGAGAUAGACAUUGAUGAAUCAAGCGAGAAAACAGCAGCUGAGAAAAAGAAAGAGGAAUUACAAAAGAGAUAUGGAUAA